UGUCAAUUAAUUUACUUUCAGUACUAGUUUGUUCAUUUGCAGUUGUCGUUGUUAGUAAUUGAACUAGAUAAUAUAAUGCUUGAUUUUUACUCUUUUAGAUUAUUUUCAGGGUUUUACUUACUAAUGUUACUGAUAUUGGUUAAUUAGCAAUCUGGUUUGGGUUUUUAACUUUUUAAUCAUGUAUAUAUGAUUACAUGUAUUGUAUUCAUGUUCUCCCAAUCAAUUUAAUAAAUUUUUAUAUGGAAAUGUGCUGAUGACAAUUUAUAUUUAGAUAUUUCCAUGAAAUUUGUUCAAUUAUUGAUAACCUGAUCAAUUUUGUGCAUCAUUAGAUAUUGUAUGUAUGGGCUCACUUGGAAAUUGAAUUGGCAGUGUAAUAGCAAGUGUCCCUAGCUGGGAAAUUAGAUUCUUUCUUGGCAAUUGUUUGAGAGGGGCAAUGAAACUGUUUGAUGCCCAUUGUCACCUCCAAGACCCAAGAAUUUAUAGCCUCGCGCCACAAUUAAUCCGGUCAUCUCUUGAUUCGGGCAUUGCCCAUUUUGCGGUUAAUGGGGUUUCAGAGAAAGACUGGCAUUUAGUGAAGCAAAUGAGUGAAUCUUAUCCGUCUGUUGUUCCCUGUUUUGGUGUUCACCCGUGGUUUGUUCCUGAGAGGACGACAAGCUGGUUUACCAAUUUGAGACAGUAUUUUGAAUCUACACCCACUGCAGCUGUUGGGGAGAUUGGUCUAGACAAAGGGUCACAUGGGAAACAGAUUGACUUUGAUGUUCAGGUUGAAGUUUUUAAGAAACAGCUAGAACUAGCGAAAGAGCUCAAAAGGCCGGCUUCUGUACACUGUGUGCGUGCCUUUGGUGACCUUCUUGAUGUGAUGAAAUCAACUGGCCCUUUUCCUGAUGGAGUUAUUCUUCAUUCUUACUUAGGAUCUGCUGAAAUGGUCCCUGAAUUAGCAAGGCUUGGUGCUUAUUUUUCCUUCUCUGGAUUUCUUAUGUCAAUGAAAUCACAAAAGGCUAAGAAGAUGCUCAAGGCAGUGCCUUUUGAUAGAAUUCUGCUCGAGACUGAUGCACCAGAUGCCCUGCCUAAGUCGAAUUUGGGCGAUUUGUUCUUAGUGGAAGGUGAUCCUUCUCUUUCUCCAGAACUUCAAGCGCUUGGAGAGAGUCCACAUUCGAGAGCUAGGUCAGAAGCUGACAAAGAAGCACCAGAAUUGCCAAAGGAAAUGCUGAAUCAUCCGGCUAAUAUACAUAACAUACUGACCUUCGUGGCCUCCCUGCUUGAGAUGAGUACAGAAGAAGUGGCGGAGUUAAGCUACUCAAAUGCGAUUCGCUUGUUCUCUUAUCAAGGAUCUAAACUACUCGAAGAAGGUGCUGUUUUGGAUAAACCAGUGUGAAGCCACAUAUCAAUGUAACAAACUACUCAACCUCAGCGUCAAAUGUUCAGCCAAAGAUCAUGGCACCUGCCUAUCACUGCUAACUCCAGAUGGGUCGAGUCCUUCAGUCCUAGAUCCAUUCCAUGUUAAAACUCACAUUCAUAUGUCUUAGGCGCGCUGGUCAUGGGUUUCCCCCUCCUGAAUCCACAUCAGGCACUAAACUGUCAUCUUUGUGUUGUUGCACUCCAUGAUGCCAUAUUGUCUGAGAUAUAUAAUGGUUUAACUUCUUGUAUGAUAUAUUUGGAGGAGAAUGUUUUGUAUCACUACAUAAUGAGGUAUUUUAGUGUUUGGAACGAA